ACAUGCAUGCAUGGCUAUACAUCCAAUUCUCCACAAUAAUAGCCUUCAUGCUAUCAAGGCCAUCCAAACUCCCACCUCUCUCUCACUCCCUCACUUCACUCUCUCUCUCUCUACAUAUAUAUACACACACCCCUGUGUAUCGACAUGAUGAGUGCAACUCGGAAUUAAUCACCACCCACAUUAAUUCCUCCAAUUCGGCCACCUCGAUUAAUUUUCCUUCUCAUCAAGGACAAAAUCACACAAAAAUGAGCCCCUCCGCCGGCCGCCGCGUGCUCCUCAUCGCCGCCGCCGUCCUCCUAUCCUCCGCUACGACGGCCUCCGCCGUCAAGAUCAGCAUCCUCCUGGGGCGGUUCCCCGGGUUCGAGCAGUUCAACCAGCUCCUCAGCAGCACCCACCUGGCGGAGGAGGUGGACCGGCACAGCGGCGGCAUCACGGUGCUCGGCCUCCCCAACGGCCGCCUCGGCACCCUCAUGCAGUUGCCGGAGGAAGUCCAGAGGAGCAUCCUCAGCCUCCACAUCAUCCUCGACUACUACGACAUGGCCAAGCUCACCAAGCUCCCCCCCGGCAACAAGACCACCCUCACCACCCUCUACCAGUCCUCCGGCGUCGCCACCGGCCAGCAGGGCUUCAUCGACGUCGUCCGCCGCCACGAUGGCACCAUCGUCUUCGGCUCCGCCGUCCCCGGAUCCCCCCAACUCACCAAUUUCAUCAACCCCGUCGUCGCCCAGCCCUUCAACAUCUCCAUCCUCAGCGUCUCUCAGCCCAUCAUCGUCGCGGAGAUCGACGGAAGCACCGUCCAGCCCGCCCCGGACACACCGCCGCCAGCCCCGGCUGCGAAGUUGACCCCGCCUCCGGCGGCCAGUCCGCCGGAGGAAGAGCUGGCGCCGGAUGUGCCGGCGCCGGAUGCGCCACCAUCUGCGCCGGCGCCGGCGCCGGCGUCUGCCCCAGCGCCGAGCCCAGACGCGGACGCGGACGCGCUAGGGGCGGAUGAAGGGGAGGGAGAUGCGGAUGCGGCGGAUCUGACGCCAGAGGUGGAGAAGAGCGGCAGCGUGAAGGGCGGCGUGGGUUUAGGGUUGGGGAUUGGAUUGGCGGCGGCGGCGUUCCUCGCCGGGAAUUGAAAUGGGGAAGAUGUGGUGGAACACUUGAAGAUCGUAAUGAGAUGAAACGGUGUUUGUGGAAAGGAGGGAUUGAUAUGAUAUGAUGGCCAAAGGGAAUGGCGCAAGUGAAGUGAACGCGGGAAAUAAAGAAUCUGUUUAAUUAGUUUCUCCAAUAAAAGGGAGGGGGAAAUUGGGGAAAAAGGAAGAAGUAAAAACUUUCUUGCUUUUUUGCGUUUUUUUGUUGUGGCAUUUUCAGUGUUUCCAUGAUUCAAAGUAAGUCAUAUUUAUUUUUAUCCGUGCAUGGUUUGGGCAAAAAUGUUUGGCCAUGCAUCGCUGUUAUCAUUAGUGAUGGCAAUGCAUGUGUAUGGUUUGGGCAUGCAUCGCUGUUAUACUUAUCAUGUCAUUGCUUGAGAAAUCGGAUAAAUAUAAAUAAAAUGUUAAUGGCUUAUAAAAAUACAAA